AUGCAUUCUCCAAAUGUGUCAUCGUCUCCAUCAUAUAAAAACUUAAAGUAUAAACAUUCACAAUCUCCGAUUGAGUUGAAAGAAAAGAUGCGAAAGGACUACAAAAGCAAAGUUCGCAAUUGUCGAGAUAUGUUAUUAAAUAGACUUAGAGGACCAGAAGUUGCAUCUGACCUCCGAGGCAAGUUAACUGAUCUGUACAAAGACAUGUUUGACUCCAUAAAUUUGUCUUUAAAUGAAGAAGAAAAUGAUGUGCUAGAAGUAAUAAAGCAGGAGCUAAUUCAGGAAGAACUGGAUUGGUUUAACGAAGAGUAUGAGAAAUAUCAAAUGGAUAAUGUUGAUUGGUCUUCAUACCACAAUGAGGAUCAUGUAAUAUGUCCAAUUUGCCAGAAAAAUAACUUUAAACUAAAGAACAGAUUGCUUUCUUGUGAGCAGUGCAAAAUUGAAAUUAAAACAGAUAACAUAACAUUGGGAGAAAUAAAGAAGAAUAUAUAUCAGUGUAUGGAGAGACACAGUACAAAAUGUGACAGCAAUGUUCAAUUCUCUGUAAUAUCUGAAAGUGGCUCUAGUCACAUUUACCUCAUAUGUGAUGCUUGUAUAGAUAUGCAAUUAAUUGUUUGA